AUGAAUGGGAAAAUACAGAAGAUCAAGGUUCGUAUGCAAACAACUCAGAGUAGACAGAAAAGCUACAUCAACGUAAGACGUAAGGACCUAGAAUUUAAGAUUGGUGAUAAAGUGUUCUUAAAGGUGACACCUAUAAAGGGUGUUUUGAGGUAUGGAAGGAAAGAAAAGCUGAGCCUGAGAUUCAUUGGACCUUUCGAGGUCUUGGAGCGAAUUGGUCUCGUAGCUUAUCGAUUGGCAUUUCCUCCAUCACUUUCUUCAGUUCAUAAUGUCUUCCAUGUUUCGAUGCUGAGAAAGUAUGCAACAGAUCCAUCCCAUGUAGUUGACUUUGAGCCAUUGUGGUUGAAUGGCAACUUAAGUUAUGAAGCCAGAGAGGUGAAGAUUUUAUGCAAUAGGGAAAUAACAGUUGUAAAGAUUUCGUGGCAGAAUCACCAAUUCAAGGAGGCCACUUGGGAAUGA